AUGGCAAAGAUCCAUCAUUUUCAAGCACAAAUGCUUCCCAUAAUCUUCGUCUUCAUCUGCCUUUCAUAUUCAUCUGUAGAAGCCAUCAAUGGCGACGGUUUCAGCGUCGACUUGAUCCAUCGAGACUCCCCCAACUCUCCCUUAUACAACCCCUAUGAAACCCCUUUGGAUCGCUUCAACAACGCCUUCAAACGAGGUCUCUCUCGUCUCCAGCACUCGAAAAUGGCUUCCUCACCCGCUUCCAACGCUCCACAAACAAGCAUAUAUCCCGAUAAUGGCCACUAUCUGAUGAAGUUCUCUAUCGGAACUCCCCCUAUAAACUUCUAUGGCAUUCUCGACACCGGCAGUGACCUUUUCUGGGCUCAGUGUCUUCCCUGUCAACGAUUUUACAAACAAAAAAACCCCAUUUUUAACCCAGCCUCUUCAUCUUCAUACAAAAAGCUUUCAUGUCAAUCCGCUCAAUGCCAUUCAUUGGAUCAUGUCGCUUGCUCUCCUGACCAAACUUGUAGCUACAACUAUGGCUAUGGAAGUUUUGCAUUAACCCAAGGCGUUCUCUCCACAGAAACAAUCACUCUAGGCUCAAAAAACACUUUCAAAAACAUCGUUUUCGGAUGCGGGCACAAUAACACAGGAGGAUUCAAUGAAAACGAAAUGGGAUUAAUUGGUUUAGGAGGAAGAAGCACGUCACUUGUUGCCCAAAUCAGCUUUCAGCUCAAAACAAACACAAAAUUUUCCUACUGCUUGCUCUCAUUUCAUGCAAACCCUAGUCUCACCAGCAAGAUCAAUUUCGGAAGCAAGAGUGCAGUUUCAGGAUCCCAUGUCGUUUCAACUCCUCUAGUCCCCAAAGAUGACGAAACAUAUUACUUUGUAACCCUAUAUGGAAUCAGCCUUAGAAAAAACUUCAUCCCUUAUAAUAUGCAGAAAAAGGUUCCCAAAGGAAAUAUGUUCAUCGAUUCUGGCGUCCCUCCGAUGCUGUUGCCUAGGGACUUUUACAAUAGAUUGGAACAAGAAGUCAGAAAGGCGAUCAAGUUGACACCGUAUCAGGAUCCGGAUUUGGGAACUCAACUUUGCUAUAAAAGAAACAGUAUGGCGGAUGUUGCACCAAUUUUGACCGCUCAUUUUGAUGGUAAAGCUGAUGUGCCUCUGGUUUCGACUAGCAUUUUUAUUUCUCCGAAGGAGGGUGUGUUUUGCUUUGCCAUGCAGCCAAUCAAGGAAGAUGUUGGGAUAUUUGGGAACUUUGCUCAGUCUAACAUUUUGAUUGGCUUUGAUUUGUAUAAGAGGAUUGUUUCUUUUAAGCCGACUGAUUGUUCAAAACAGCAGUGA